CAUUUACAUUGAGUCCUCACAUUUACCUUUCCGUUAUAUUUAAUUUUUAAACCCCUGGAGGUGUUAUGCCCCCCCUUUUGAUUCACUGAAGACCAAAUAGUGGGGCAGUCUUAAGCUCAUUAUCGAUAGCCCAACUUCAUUAAAUCGAAGCACUCAACCAUCUGUACAUCUUUCCAUCUUCCCGAUCCAAACGUAUACACAGGAGCGCAAAACCGGCAGCACAUGUAGUCAUGGCGACCACAAUACCUUCUAUAGCCUGUCUGGGCGUCAUAGGGCGAAAUAACAACCCCCUCCACAUAACCAUAUUCCCCUCCUACGACCCCGCGAGCAACACCCGCGCCCCCCUGCGCACGCCCCUGCAAUUCUCCCUCCUCCUCAGCAGCACCCUCGACAUCUUCGAAACGCGCGCCCGCCGCGCCGGCGCCGCUCCCACCACCACCACCACCAGCAGCACUGCCACCACACCCAUUCUCACCGGCGAUUUCGGCCUCCUGCACGCCGUAGACGAGCGUCUGGCCGCGUACGGCUUCGAGACGAACACGGGCGUCAAGUUCGUCGCCGUGGUCGAUAUGCGGGGCCGGGUGGCUGGAGGAGCUGGCGGCUCCGCGGGGAUCGUUAGAGGCGGCGUCGGGCUUAGGGAGACGGAGCUGCGCGUCGUGUUCCGCGCUAUGCAGACCGCGUACGUCCGGCUGCUGCAGAAUCCGUUCUACGACCCCGACGAGCAUGCGCCGCUGGUGUUGCCGCCGGGGGGCGGCGUUGGCGGGAAGAGGAUUACGAGUCGGAAGUUUGCGGAGGAGAUGAGGCGGAUUGGGGAAGGGUGGGCGCCUGGGUUGGCGAAUUUGUAAGUUGGGU